AUGAGUAUCACCUGGCGAAACAACACCAACGCGGAUGCAUAUGCAACGCUGAGCCGGCUUAGAGUGUUUAACGGCCGUCUACCGCCAUAUCUGCCGCGCGUGGUGGUUCGAGUCCUGGGCAUCGAGGAUGUGUUGGCCGGGGUUGCGUUGGCGACCCGAGAGAAUUGUAGGCUGGCCGUUCGGUCUGGAGGCCAUUCGCUACCCGUGUGGAGUCUCCACGAGGAUGCAGUUCUUCUGGACCUGGGAGACUGGAAGAACAUCGACAUCGAUCUCGCCAAUGAACGGGCUAUGGUGACACCGGCCGUGACUAGCAAAGAACUCGAUGAUGCGCUGUCACCGCGAGGGCUCAUCUUCCCCGGCGGACAUUGCCCGGACGUUGGUCUGGGGGGUUUCUUGCUUCAGGGAGGCAUGGGGUGGAAUUUUCAGGGUUGGGGCUGGGGUUGCGAGGCCGUCGAGGCUGUCCAGGUCGUGACGGUACAGGGGGAGCUGAUCUGGUGCAAUAAGGAGCACAAUUCGGAUCUGUACUGGGCUGCCCGAGGGGCUGGACCGGCAUUUCCGGCCAUCGUGGUCUGCUUUCAGGUCCGAGUGAUGCCCUGCCAGCCCCAGGGGCUCUGGUCUUCGGCCUACAUAUACCCCCAACACCACUACCGGCCAGCAUUUGAAUGGUCCCUGGCCGUCAUUCCCAUCGCGGGAGAAAACACCGAAAUCAAGCUCCUCGCGUACUACCCGGCGGACAGCGAGGAUAUUUGUCUCCUGGUACAGUUCAUCACCAGGCAAGAGACAGCCGCCGAUGCGCAAGACAUCCUGUCCCUGAUUCACGCACGCCGUCCCCCUGGUGCCCUCAUGGAGUCCGCCGUGCAGCCCAAUAGCAUGAAAAGCCUGUUCGCCAUGCAAGCCGCGGCGAAUCUCCCGGGGUACCGAUGCUGCUCGGACAACGCCUUUCUGAGGGACGGGGUGGAUGUCGUCUCCGUACUCGCGCCCGCCUUCCUGACACUCCCGCACCGACGGAGCUUUGCCUUCUGGUCGCCGAUGGUGCCCCGCAGUCGCAAGCCCUUGACGGACAUGGCGCUCAGCAUCCAGUCGGACCAGUAUGUCGCCCUGUAUGCCGUGUGGGAAGAUGCACAUGACGAUGAGCGCUGCCGACAGUGGGCCCACGGCUUUGUGCGGUCCAUUGACGCCCAUUCUGCGGGAUCAUACAUUGGGGAGGCAGAUCCGKAAAGGCGACCAGGUCGAUUCUGGACGGAGGAGUGCUCAGAACGACUGAUGGCCGUGCGACAGAGCUGGGAUCCCCAGGGUCGUCUGUGUGUGUGCCCGAAUCUGAUGCCUGAGGAGAGAAACUAA